AUGACGCACCUCCCGGGCACUGUACUCCUCAACCAGUACGCCAUGGUCCGCUUCCUGGGUCGCGGCGUGUCUGGGCGCGUGUUCCUGGUCAUGGACGUGAUUGACGACCCGGGGCACACCAAGAUCCUGCUGGUCAUGACGCUGGCGGAGGGGGGACCCGUGCUGACGCGUGCGUCCCUCGAGGCGGGCAGGAGGCUGCCGGAGGCCGAGGCCCGCGCCGCCUUCCACGGCAUGGCCAAGGGUCUGGCGGAGCUGCACCGCUUGGGCAUUGUGCACGGCGAUCUGAAGCCGGAGAACGUGCUGCUGGGGUCCCGGGUGAUGCUCACCGACUUUGGCUGCUCCGGCUGGGAGGGCGGCGGCGUGGGGAUCCACAGGCCCCGGGGCACGCCCGCUUUCCUCGCGCCGGAGCUGGCCUGCGCCGAGGCCGGACCCUGCACGCCGGCCUCCGACGUCUACUCCUUGGGUGCCAGCCUCUUCACACUCCUCUUCGGCACCAUCCCCUUCCCCGCCACCUCCAUCGCCGAGCUGUACGAGGCGCUGCACACCCAGGACCUGGUCAUCCCCAGUGAACCCGCGCUGGGCGAGGGCGUGCGCCAGCUGCUGCGCGGCUGCAUGGAGAGGGACCCUGCGCGGCGCUGGACGCUCGACUCGGUGCUGCAGCACCCCUGGGCGAGGGGCGGUGGCCCAGGUCCCGCCGAGCGGGACGGCGCCCACCCUUUCUCGCCGCUCCAGGCCCUGCUGACGCCCGACGCUCUGGUGCACCGCCUGCAGCCUGGCGCGGGCGUCGACCCAGUGAGUCAUGCUGCGGUGGGGGAGGGCAGCCAGCCCGGCCUCGUGCUUGUGCUGCGCGGCAGUCUGAUGGUGGUCUGGCAACCCAACGAGAGUCACGACGGCGCCUGCACACCUCCACACGGCAGCAAUGCUGGCGCCUGCACACCUCCACUCGGCAGCAAUGCUGGCGCCUGCAACACCCCCGACGCCGAGGGGCGUUCCCUAGGUCUGACGACGCCCGGCCCGUCACCACGGCCAUGUGGGCUCGCUGCGACCCCAGGCCCAGUCAGCGCCCUCCUGGACCCCCUGACCAGCACAACCCUGCUCACGCAGUCCAGCUGCGCGUCGUUCUCGCCUUCCCCCGUCCCAGGCUUGAGGGCGCUGGGGGUCUCAGCCGCCACGGACCGCGCAGCUGCUGUGGAGGGGAAGCCGAUGGGCUCUCCGGAGAAGCUCCCGAUCCCAAGGCCCCAAGCCGGCAUCCCAGCCACAUCACCGCUGAAUGGCUGCCUGGAGAGCCCUGACAAGCCAGGACAGCAGGAGGCUGGACCCUGCGACCCGCGUCACGGCUCACUUUUUCAGUCAGGCUUUGCCAGGGCGUGGGAAACGCUGGCAUCGCUGCGGGACCCAGGCGGCGGCUGGAGGCUGGCGGAGCACCGAGGAGGCGGCGUCGUGGGAGCCUGGCGCAUCCUGCAGGGUUCAGAAGGCCUCCCACCGGGCCAGGAAACACCCGCACAGGCUGGGCUAAAGGGCGCCAGGCUGGUGGUCGGUCCCGACGGCGCAGAGGUCGUCUUCGUGUCCCGAGCACAGGCGGAGGCGGCUUGGGCGGCAGAUCCGCUGAUCAAGCUGGCGCUGCUGGAGGUCGUGUGGAGCGAGGAGAUCGAGGCGACGGCCCUGCACACCUUGCUGCUGCUGGCACACUCUAUCCCGCAGCGCUCGCCCUCCAGGGAGAGCCUGCACAUCUCAGGGCAGCCCUGA